UGUUUAGGUUUAAUCUUAAAAAUGGAGCAAUACACAUCAUAUGUAGAAUGUGAGACUUCUAAAGUUCCUUUGUCUGAUGUCGCUCAGAGGAUUAUGACAGCUUUGCAGUCUAUUCCUGUAGAAGUUCAGACUAGCAGAAAUAACAUGCAGAGUAUAGAGAAGACAAAGGGAAAUAAACUAGGCGAUAAGGAUGCACAUCUGAAAAAUGAAAAGGAAAUUCAUGGUUCCACAAUUGCCUUAUUAAGAACUUCAGCCAGCCCUAAAAAAAGUACUGCUGGUCAGAUAAUUAGGACAGUGCAUGCCAAUGAAAUGCUUUGCUGUCAAGAAAAGAAAAUAGUGAGCUAUUGCCAGGACUUAGACUUGUCAACAGGGGAAUGUAAAGAAAGAAAUCUUACAGUAGAAGCAAAAAAUGUGAAGGAUGGUGAAAAGAAUAUAUCUAGGGCCCUUAAAAGAAAGCAAGAGAUGCCUAAGUGUUGUUCAGAGAAAACAAGAAGAUUACCUGUAAAGACCUACACUUCUUCACAUGAAAGAAGAAACAAUUGUACUUCUGGACAAACAGAGUCUUCUGAAAAUAAUCCUUGUGAUAUCAGGAAUUUGGAGUGUGAAGAAAAAAGAGAAUUGCUUGCAACUAUAGAACAGGCAGUGGCUUUUGUAACUACUAUGAUAUUUCACGAUGGUUCUUCACAGCUCAGCUCAGAGCAGGCCUUAACCUCAUCAGUAAAAGGAGUUGUUGUGUUAGUGAAGAACCAGACAGAUCACCCUUGGCCUCUCAGCUGCUCUUCACCUGACUACAGUUGGAAGGCUGCUAAUGACAAUGAUAAGUUAAUUUAUUUGAAAACUGACUGGUCAUCUCUUUGGGAACAAGAACAACAGGCUCACAAGAAAUUUUCUGGGCAAGUAUUGCUUCAAAUGCUACAUUGCAAAGCUCCCAUUAUUUGCUUCAAUGCAAAAGAUUUCUUGAGGACUCUACUUCAAAUUUAUAGUAAUGAAAUCAGCUGGAAACAAGUUGCUGACAGUGUCGUGUUAGAUCCAAGGAUUGCAGCAUGGCUGAUAAACCCCAGCGACACAGUUCCCUCUUUUGAAUGUUUAAUACAGAAGUAUUUUGAAAAGCCUUUUUCUAUGGGAACAGUAAAUACAGAUACUGGUACUUUGAGAAAUGCAUCAUACCAAAACCUGGGUGUGAACUUAGAGAAGCUUUAUAAUGUAAUGAUGGACCUUACUCGUGACUUACAGGUUCAAGGUUUGUGGAAAUUAUUUUGCACACUAGAGCUUCCACUUAUAAAAAUUCUGGCAGUGAUGGAAACACACAAAAUACAUGUGAACAAACAAGAACUGAAAAAAACAUCAGAAAUUCUGGGGUUGCGACUCAAAGAGCUUGAACAGGAAGCUCAUCAAGUUGCUGGAGAAAAAUUCCUUUUGACCAGCAGUUGUCAACUCAGAGAGGUACUGUUUGAAAAGUUAAGACUGCAUGUGCUGUGUGAGAAACUUCACAGAACUGAAAUACAACAACUUGUGUCCACCUCAGAAGUUGUGCUAAAUAAAUUGAAAGAUCUUCAUCCUUUGCCUAAGAUAAUUCUUGAAUACCGUCAGGUGCAUAAGAUGAAAUCGACUUACGUGGAUGGACUACAAACAUGCAUGAAAAAGGGAUUUAUUUCUUCUACAUGGAAUCAGACAGGAACUGUGACUGGCAGACUUUCAUCCAAACACCCAAACAUUCAAGGUAUCUCCAAACAUCCAGUUACAAUUACAAAGAAACAGUACAUAAAAGGAAAAGAAGAGCAAAUAGUAACUAUUUCCCCAAGAACAUUGUUUGUUUCAAAGAAAGGAUAUACAUUUUUAGCAGCAGACUUUUCCCAUAUUGAGUUAAGAAUUCUUGCUGACUUAUCAUCUGAACCAGAACUUUUGAAACUCUUCCAAGAACCUGAAACCAGUGAUAUCUUUUCCACAUUGGCUUCUCAGUGGAAGGGAAUUCAACGUGAACAAGUGAAACAUGCUGACAGAGAGCAAGCAAAGCGUGUGAUUUACUCAGUAGUUUAUGGAGCAGGUAAAGAACGUCUUGCUGACUGCCUGGGAAUUACUCCUCUUCAAGCCAGUCAAUUUAUAGAGAGUUUUAUGCAAAAAUAUAAGAAAGUACAUGAAUUUACGAAGAAAACCAUUGAACAAUGCAGAAAUAAAGGUUAUGUCGUUUCCAUAAUGGGACGUAAAAGACCACUGGUUAAUAUCAAUUCCCAGGAUUACAAACUACGCACUCAAGCGGAGAGGCAGGCUGUCAAUUUUGUUGUUCAAGGAUCUGCAGCUGAUCUUUGCAAAAUGGCUAUGGUGGAGAUUUUUACCUCUGUUGUCAUUUCUCCAACUUUAACAGCCAGGUUAAUUGCCCAGAUUCAUGAUGAGUUGUUGUUUGAAGUAGAAGACUCUCAAAUCCAGGAAUUUUCAGCACUGGUAAAAAGAACAAUGGAGUCCUUGCAGCAAACCACAACCUUGGAAGUGCCACUAAAGGUUCCCUUGAAAGUGAUUCUUACCGCUGGGAAAUCAUGGGGGUGUAUGACAGAAUUGCAGGAGAUGUAAAGCAGUCAUCGGGGAUGUUAUUCAGUACCCGUACACCUCAUUGGCCUAUGCUGAUUCCUCGCUGAAUCACUAGGCAACAGCGCUGCUGGAUCUUUCAUAAGCACCUAAUACUCUGCAUGUGAAUUUUUUUACUUCAUUUUGUCUGUAGCCCUAGGCAACAGCAGUGAGAUAAAACUGGUUUUCACCAGUUCAUUAUGUUUCCUUUAGCCAAGGUAACCAGCAGGGAGCUGCUUUUGUUCAGAGCUAAAUUACUACAUGUAAGAAAUGAAGCAAGACAAUAUUAACCCUUUGGGAACAUGACAAAUAUAUUUGAAUUAAAGUGGUGUUUAGACUUUAAUGCUAAAUAUUUUGUGAAGAGCUUGUGUAAAAAUACUUCUAAUCUGGCAUUAGAAAGACACUAUUGCAUUAGAAAGACACUAGUUGAACUGUAUCAGCAAGUGCGUAACUGUUGCGUUCAGCUUAUUUUAUAAUUUGUGAGUCGAAGACAGCUGCUUGGUUUGCAGCUCGUAUAAAAUGUCACGUUCCACAGACUUAGAAAAGGAGUUCUUUGGAAAUGAAGAGUCUCCACCUUAAUUUGUAUUUAUGAUUUUGAAGCAAAACAGGUAAACAAAACUGGAUAUCUAAAUGCACUCAAAAUAACCAGAUUCUUGUCAAUUCAAAUAAUUUCAAACUCAAUUUGUACACUGUAGCCUUGGCAUACUUUAAGCUAAGUAUAGUUUUGCUUAAGCUGUUAUUUUUACUAUUGCUGCAAUGCUAAUAUGCUUAGAUAAAUUUUGGGAUUCAACAUCAUACUUUUUAGGAUUCAAGUUUCUACUUUAAUGUUUGGAUUUGUUAUUAAUAUUCUGGUUUCCUGUGGAGUUUAUUCUUGAAAAUUUGUUUUAUAAUAUUACUGAUUGCCAAAUUCUGUCUUCAUGCUUGUGGAAUAUGAAACUGUCCUCGAAGUCCAGUAAUUAUUUAGAAGUUUAAGUCAAGCACAAAACUUUUAAGAGGUGUUUAGUAUCUUUCGGUGUUAGAUCUGAUGA